AUGGAUGGUGCCACAGGUGAGUACUCCUUUGCCAACAGUACCGCAUUGAUGGAGGAAAUCCAACGAUCUGCCACCGCAUUCUUGUGGGAGAUGUGCGGCAACACGGAGAAGGGUCUAUUGGAGUCGCUGCAGGGGCGGAUACAAGGGCUAUUCUCUAGUCGUGCGAGCAAUGCGGAAGCAGACUUGGACGAGGUACUGCAAAGGGUCUACAGGCGGCGACUCCAGGAGGAAGAGGGAGCAAAUGAGAGAACAAGCACAGCAGGUGAGGCGGAUGGGGUCACAUAUUGGGUAGGGCGCCGGCCCCUUCCUGUAGUGACGGAGGAGGAGGUGAACGAGGCGAUGGGGCAGUUGACGGAGGCUGAGCUCAAGAGACUUGAAGAAGAGUUCGCUGAGUCUCAGGAUGAUGGGUACGUGCUGCUUGGGAGGAAUAGUUUUGCCUCGGAUGGGGAAAAAGAUGGGGCACCUGCCGACAAGGAUAAUGGGGUGCACAACAAUGAUAAUAACAACAACGAGGAUGCUGCUGGUGACGCUUAUUUGGAGGUUGUGGAGCCACGCGACACCAAGAGUAUGUUCUUUGGGGGACACACAGUAGAGCUGAUGUUUGAUGAGGCGGCGUGGCCGAUGAGCGCAAGGGGCGCGGAGGGCACACCAUUAGCAGAUGAUCUUGCGGGGGAUGCCAUGCCGCGGCGCUUCGUGUUCAGCUCCGCCCCAUCGACUGUAAAGAGUCGGCCGCCGGAGCAGAGGUGCGCGGAGUACGUACGCAAUCAAGUCCACAUGAUGCUGUUGGCGAAUCGCGUUGCGAAGGAUACCGAGCGGCGUGUAGCCGACGCCGCAUUGCGUGCGUCAGCGGAGAUCAAACAAGAACGCGACAAGGAGUUGAGCGCGAUUCUGGAGCAGCUGGUGGGGGCGGUGCGUGAGGCUGUGCGGUUAACACGACUGAUGCAGAGUCUGGAUCGGCAAGCAAUAGGAGAGUACGCGCAGGACCCGUACCGCACGCAGAAUUGGUUGCGCAACGAGGCGGCCAGGUCGUGCCACAAGUGUGGCCGCACCUUCACCAUCUUCGUGCGGCAGCACCACUGCCGGCGCUGCGGUCUCAUCUUCUGUCAGCGGUGCUCCUCGCACGCCGGUAUUCUCCCCGACAGAAGGGCCCAACUGCACUCGUCGCAGAAUUGGGUGCGGCUCUGUGAGGACUGCUACGUGGUGUGCUGCAGGCACCAGCGCGGAGUGAGCGCUGCCCCCGUCGUGCCGCGCAGCUCCUACGAGCGUGACGGCCGCGCCCCUAUGGAUCUGUCGCUGCUGGUGCUGGCGGACUGCCCCAACCCCGGCGCCACGCUUGAGGACAACCUGCCGCCCUUCUACGUCGUGCUGCCGGAGGACUGGUACGCAUUGCGUCCGACGACGGCGUCUGGGUGGGCCAACGCCGCCAGCAACGUGCCGUUCCACCUGCUGGAGGGGGUGCAGGACGGCGCCUGCAGGCUCUCGCGCGUGGUGGUGCCGCACCUGUACGGGUGGAUGACGGGUGCUAUAAAUUCUGUGCAACGCAUCAGGGAAAAAAAGUAA